GACGAUGUCCACACGGUGCCUGUCACCGCCAGCACUUGAAUGCUGUACGACAUGAAAUUUUUUUGAACGCCAUCUUUUGUUGGAUCUUUGCCGGUUCCUCAAACAGAUUUACAGAAUUCGUAUCCGUUUUCCCGAGAUCCGUCUACUACCUCCGCUAUAUUGUUGCAUCCCACCCAUAGUUUGCAGCUGUUUGCAUCUUCGACUCGCCGCUACAGUAUCCACCACCACAUAUCGACACUGUUGUUUAAAUUUCCCCGCGCCGCAGAACAGGACGUCUUGAUUAUUUUGACUAAUCACCCACGCACGAGUCUAUCCUUAUCUGACACCCACGAUGGAUGACGACGUGGUGGCUCAGUUCACCGAGAUCACGGGCUCGUCUCCAAAGCUGGCGUCUCAGUACCUUGAGCUGGCCGAUUUCAACCUUGAGCAGGCGAUACAGCUCUUCUUUGAAAAUGGAGGGGCGGAAAUCGGGGAACAGCCUUCUGCAGAGCCCCAACGACCUUCUCGGCGGGCAGGCUAUGAGGAUGAGUCCGGAGUAGUCCAUAUCGACUCCGAUGACGACGUGCAAGAAAUACGAUCGUCUUCAGCUCGACCGGGUGCGUCAGGUGCCGUUGGAGGCGUAUUUGAAGAUGAUGCUGCCAUGGCCCGACGGUUACAGGAGGAGCUAUACUCAGGUUCCGGUGCAGACAGCUCGGAUGGUGUGCGGGCUCCCAUGGCAAGAACGACCGAGCGACUGGUCGGACCGGAGACGGAUGUCUACGAUGAUAACGACAUGCACAGCGCUAUUCUGAGCCAGCUGCGCACCAGGCAAUCAAGAAGCAAUCGACCGGGGAUAUUCAACCAGAGAGAUACUUCGUCUAUCUGGGCCGGUGGGAGCUCGGAUGCUUCGCACCGUGCGAGUCUCGCAGCAGCGACUGGUGGUGCGUCAGAGGCGUCUUCAAAAUCCAACAUGCUUGCGGAGAUGUACCGUCCUCCGUUCGAGUUGAUGUCAAGACUCCCUUGGGAUCUUGCCCGUGAAGAGGGACGCGAAAAUGAGAAAUGGAUACUAGUGAAUAUCCAGGAUCCCUCCAUCUUUGAUUGCCAGGUAUUGAAUCGAGACCUGUGGAAGGAUCCCGCAAUCAUGGAGACGGUCAAGGAGCAUUUUAUUUUUCUACAGUACUCCAAGGACGACCCGCGAGCUGCUCCCUAUCUACAGUACUAUUUCCACGGCCACGAUGUCUCCGACAACUACCCUCAUAUCGCUAUCGUCGACCCCCGAACCGGCGAGCAAGUGAAGGUCUGGUCGGGACCGCCUGUAGUUAAGGCAGCCGACUUUCUCAUGCAGCUCCAUGAGUUCCUCGACCGAUACAGUCUAAAGCAAAACGUGCGUAACCCUGUUGCCAAGCGGAAACCCGAGAAAGAGAAGACGAUCGACGCGAUGACAGAGGAAGAGAUGAUGGAGAUGGCUCUUCGAAACAGUCUUGGCAGCGGAGAACCUGCCAGGAAGGUGGAGGACCCGGAUGAGCUGACCAAGGGCGAGGGAGAUGUUGAAGGCAAAGGCAAAGAUCGGGCCGUAGAAGAGGACGAAGAUAUGGAGGAGGCCGAAGAGGAGGCCGCUGCGUCGCCUUUCUACUCCAUUCCCUCGGACCGUCCUCACGUGGAGCCACCGGCUGACCCUGCUACAACAACGCGCAUUCAAUUCCGCCACCCAUCUGGUCGAGUCAUCCGUAGGUUCGCUUUGUCUGAUCCUGUACAGCGAAUUUACGAGUGGCUUAAAGCCGAUCCACCGCUGAAGGAGAAGGCGGGCGUGGAGUUUGAACUGAACGCGAUGGGUCAAAACUUGAUCGAGCAGCUGGACACCACCAUCGCAGAUGCUGGCUUGAAGAACGGAACAGUCAUGAUCCAGUAUAUUGAGGAUUGAUCCAUAGAUGCUACUGUCCAUCAUAAUGGGUAAUGGAUCGCACUUUUGCAUUUAAUGAGGCGUUAUGAUGACACGAAACCCGCAACGACCGCCCGCGCUGGUGCCGCGGACUUGGAGCGGUCCUUUUAAAGCGAAGG